AUAUUAUUUCAACAAAUAUUGAAGAAAGAAUUCCAGCAAUAGCAGAUUUUAAUGAUGAUAAUGAUGUAUUUGCAAAAAUGUGGGCUGAUAAUCAAUCAGAAAUCUUAAUACAAGAUAAUGAUGAAUUUACACGAUACUUUCGUUAUCCCAUU